CACCCCCCCCCCCCGUUCCCCCUCUGCCCGCCCACCGCCCACCGCCGCUUGGGGGAGAAAGUGCUGCUUUGUCAAUGAAGGACGGAGCCUGGGAGCGUCGGAGAUUCACGCAAACUUUCCAGAUCUGCUGUCGGAAUAACAAACCGCUCCUCGUCCACACGCCGCCGAACGGGGGUCUCGGGAAACGGGCGUAAGCAGCAGCCGAGCAACGGGAGAGCAGAGAAGCAAAGUCCGUCUUGUACUACUCCGGUUGGUAAGCAUGGUUCGGUGGGGUACUGGUGUGCCCAGCUGGGUGUUCCUUGUUGUUCUGGGGGGGUCCCUGGCUGCGGACCCCUGCCUCAUCAUCAGCGAGGUGAACGCCGACAACCCCAAGCUGGACACCACGGAGUUUGUGGAGCUGUACCACACGGGUGGCCAGCGCGCCCCCCUGGACGGGUACACCCUGGUCUUCUACAACGGCAACGGCAACGUGGCCUACAAGGUGCUGGACCUGAAGGGCCACGCCACGGACGAGAGGGGCUUCUUCCUGGUGGGCUCGGUGGACCUGAGGCCCAAGCCCUCCAUCCUGCUGCCCCCCAACACGGUGCAGAACGGCCCCGACGCCAUCGCGCUCUACCGCAGCGGGGCGGCCCGCUACGCCGAGAAGAUGAACGCCACGGCGGUGGGGCUGGUGGACGCCGUGGUGUACAUGACGCGCUGGACCAGCGGGGCCGAGGUCCUGGCCGAGGCGCUGACCCCCGGGCAGAGGCCCUUCGUGGAGGACGAGGCCGGCCACGAGGGCGACGAGUCCCUCGAGAGGUGCCUCCUCUCCGGGGACGCCUGGACCUUCCAGCUGGCGCCACCGUCGCCCGGGCAACGCAACCGCUGCACGCCCCCGCCGCCCGGCCAGCCGCUCAUCAGCGAGCUGCGGCUGGGCGGGGGGCUGGCCGACGGGUGGGUGGAGCUGACGGGGGUCCUGGGGGCGGGGCCUCUGGUGCUGGCGGUGCUGGACCGGGCGGGGGUGGCAACGGUCAGCGUCGACGUGGACAACGCCAGGGACGCCAUGGUUACCGUGGAGAUAGAGAAGAGCUUCAUGAAGGGAGACGAGGCGGGCGCGGUGGCGCUGUACGGCGGCCGGGCGGCGGACCUCCUGGUGGGCAGCAGCCUCAACGACUCCCAGCCCAUCGACGCCUUCGUGUUCUCGGGGCGGGGGGGCGUGCCCAGCGACGACCUGACGGAGACGCUGGUCCCCGGGAGAGCCCCCUACCAGCUCAGCCCCAUUCUGCAGGAGGGGGGUGUGUACCUGAGCCGCUGUGGGGUGGCCCCGGGCCCCCGGGACCCCGGGGUGUUCUGGGAGGCCCCCCAGACCCACAGCCUGCCCAACAACUGCCCCUGGCCGCGCACCUGUCCCCAGAGCCCAGGGCCCCCGAGCACCACCGACGCCCCCCCCCACCUGCCCCCCUGGGGGCGGGGCGACUUCGUGAUCAACGAGCUGAACGCCGACAGCCCCGGGGCGGCGGAGGACGGCGAGUACGUGGAGCUGUGGCACCCGUCGGGGCGCCGCGUGGCGCUGGCCGGCCUCUGGCUCCUCCUCUUCAGCGCCCACGACAACCGGCCCUACCGCGAGAUCAGCCUGAGCGGCCACUUCACCACCGCCCGCGGCUACUUCCUGCUGGGCAGCGACCGGCUGGUGCCGGCGCCGUCGCUCCGCCUGCCGCCCAACACCAUCCAGAACGGGCCGGACGCCGUGGCGCUCUACCGCAGCCCCGACGGACCCCCCUCCUCCCUGCAGUCGGGGGUCCCCACCGCGGGCCUCCUGGACGCCGUGGUGUACCGCCUGAGGGGGUCCGACAAGGCGGCGCGGACGCUCAGCGAGGCGCUGACCCCCGGACAGCUCCCCCUGCUGGAGGACGCCAACGCGCUGCCCGGGGACGAAGGGCUCAGCCGCUGUGGGGGGCUGCACCCCGCCGACCUGUCGGCCUUCGCCGUGGCCCAGCCCACCCCUCUGAGGGAGAACGUGUGUCCCCCGCCCCCGCCCCCGCCAGAGGGCGUGGUCCUCAACGAGGUGUCGGUGGCCCGCUGGACCAACCAGAGCCGGCAGUGGGGGUCGUUCGUGGAGCUGGUGGGCCCGCCGCGCACGCCGCUGAGGGGGCUGGUGCUGCUGGCCCUCGGGGAGGAGGACCGCGGCGGCGCCAUCUUGGCUCUGCCGCUGACGGGCUCCACGGACAGCGGGGGCUUCUACCUGGUGGGCAACGUCACCGGGGCAGACCAGAGUUUCCCAGAAGGCACCACGGUGCCGGCGCGGGGGGGCGUGGCCCUGUGUCACGACGUGUUCAGCGUGUGUCGCGCGGUGGCGACCCGCGGCCUGGCUAACGUCAGCAUCAUCAGGGACUCGGUGGUGUUCAGCCACCACCAGGCCCUGCUGCUCAGCCUGGGGGCCAGCACGGGGGAGCAGGUCCUGCCUGCACCCAGGUCGGUGCAGGCCGGUCCAGUCUCCCUCAGUCGAUGUACGUGCUGUCAGCCCAGAAGCCCCACCUCCUGGACUAGCUCCGCCCCCACGCCUCGCACCACCAACCUGUGCCCUAGCUCCGCCUUCUCAAGCAGUAUCGACCUAUGCCUCGGCCCUCUGGCCAGUGAUUGGCAGGACCACUCGGCCAACUGCAGUGACCUCCUCCUUCAGGGCAGCAGGGUCGCUGAGGUGGCCGGGUACUUGGAGCAGAGCUGUCGCUGUGGCAUCAGCGCCCUCUAUCUGCAGGGCUUCAAGUUCUGGUGCGUGUCGAGCUGGCUCCGGGUCAAGGGCAGCAUGAUGGCUCUGUCGCCCCACCAGAAGACCCUCAUCCUGCAGACCUCCUCACACCUCCCCCCCCCCCACGGAGAGGGCAGCUGCUCCGUCCCCAACGCGGACCCCCACACCAGCCCCGAGGCUGCGCUGAGCCUCCGGGUCGGUCUGGCCCUGGGUCUGGUGGGGUUGCUAGGCCUCGUAGCGGCUCUGUUCGCAUACCUCUACAAGAAGAGGCGGCCGCUGAACUACCACUCCAUGGAGCUGAGCGAGAACAGAGACGGCCCGUCAGAGUUCUGAACUGGCACGGCGAAUCAGCUCCGGCGCACCUCUAAAGGAACCAAUCAGAGGCCAGCUGCUGCAGAGCGACACGUAACAAUUAUCAACACUGGAGAGACUGAAUGGGAUUUAGUGCUAUUCAACGUGGUUUAAUGUUGUUUAGCGUAACUUAACGCUAAAUAACAUUACUAGCAUUAAAUAACACAAUUCAACAUUAUUGAAUGUGAUCUCACGUUUUUUUACAUUAAUAAGCCUUACCUAAAGUUAUUCAGCAGCUAUCAACAAUUUAAAACGUGAAAUAAUGCGUGAAUUUACACCAUCCAAGAACAUAUAAGCACGGUUUAAAAAUAGGACUCCUUGAGGUCUGUUUUGAAAAGUGUGUGGGUGUGUGUGGAGAACCAUUUUAGCACAUGGUUUACCGUCAUUUGUUUUACUCUACUUUCAUCUAAAAUGUGUGUGUGUGUGUGUGUGUGUGUGUGUGUGUGUGUGUGUGUGUGUGUGUGUGUGUGUGUGUGUGUGUGUGUGUGUGUGUGUGUGUGUGUGAAUGGAGGGGUUGUGUAUGAGGAGGUGGUUUUGUGUGUGCAUUUGUGAAGGGGUGUUGUGUGCGUGUGUUUAUGGGGAGGGGGGGGGGCGUGUCUGUGUUGCUCGUGUCUGUUGUAACUCAUGUUUAACUUAGGGAAAAUAACGUGAAAGAAGUGUUUUUAUUUGAUACCUGAGUAAUAAUCUUUUGUUCCGUGAAUAUAUAUAUAUUUACCUUUCUGUAUAUUAACCCUAACCUAUAUGUUGUUUUCUAAAAGUCGUCUUUAACACGCCUGGAACUUGAAACAAUUACCCUUUUUAAACACCCUAACUUUUAACACACUUCACUGAUGAAGAAAAUAAUAUUGCAAAUCAUUUUGAGUUGCUUCUUAUUGACAUUUGUUUUAAAUGAUUAAUUAUUGUUUAUGACGCCGAUGAAAUCACGCCAAGGUAAAAGAACAUUUUAAAUUAUGUAACUUUUUAAUUGUUUUUGUUUUUUUUAAUAAGUCAUGCUUUGUUGCCUUCCCAAAGGUACGUUUGUUCAGCUCAUGCACUGUGGAAAUUAUUUUUGAAAUAAAAUAUAUUUUUCUGAUGAGCAA